GGAAAACACACAUCAGAGCAUCCAGGGCGCAAGAAUCAGACGCGACAAGUCACCCUGGUCCCUCGUGGCACAGCAUAGCCUAAUUCAAGCAAGAUUUGGAUUUUUGUUUAUUUAUUUUUGUCAUUGACGUGCCUGUAGGCUAGAGAUGUGUUAUGGCAGCCAAGGAGGUGUGCCUUGCCUUCCCUCUGUUUUCGGCUUGCCAUCGGUUGUGACGGCUCUGUCGACCAUUUCUCAACAUCGCAUGCCGUCAUUAUAGUCUAUUGAAGAAGGGCUGCACUAUGACAAGCCUCCCGACAUUGGCACUCACAUCCUCUCUCCCAUUUCUUCUGCUGUUUGUGACCCAUGCGGGCGCAUCCCUCCGCGGCUGGAAGCCGCCCUCGUCCACUGGAUCAUCGCUCCCUUCCUCGGAUGAGGGAGGCGUGAGCCGCGCAUCUCCGCUGUCCAAAGUGGACCACAAUAAUGACAACAACCGUAGUGGUGGCGCCAGCAAUCAACAGCAGGGAUUCUUAAACACAGACACUGUCACGAUUUUACCAAAGCCACCACAGGACAGCAGCCUUAGCCAUACAAUUGCAAACACUAACUACAACUCUGGCAGCCUCAGCAGCAUCACUACCAAUGCCCCCACCAAGAGGUUUAAACCACCACCACCACCAGCAGCUCAUGUGCGGGGCAUCUCUAGCGAAGUGGGCACCAUGUGUGCCUAUCGUCUCCUGGAGCAGGGCAGCACGGAGCAACUCUGCUUCCGCCAGACUCAGCGCCACUUCCCCUGCCCCAGUGCCGACUGCCAGAGAGUCAAGUCCCCGGGGGGGCACCUGGUCGCCAACAUGUUCACCAAUGGCAGCGUGCUGAUUCAGUGGACGGUCCGGGACACUUGGCUGGUGGCAGGCAGACGGGUGCAGCAGAGUGUGGCGGCAGAGCAGCAGAGGACCCUGCACCGUGCCCAUCGCACUGCCCAGGAGGCUCCUACGGCCAAGGGCAUUGAGCCAGAGGAACAGGAGCAGGAGCUGGAGGGGGCGUCUGUUACUACAACCAACACCAUCCAGCCGAGUGUCCCAGACCACGAAGGAGGAGGAGGAGGAGAGGGAGGUGAGGGAGGGCGAAGGAGGUACAGCCGACGCCAUGGCCAUGGCGGCUUCAAACUCAGCUGCUGGUGGAAUGGCAGUUACACCCAGUUCGAGUGCACGGGAGUCCAGCUGGGCUCCAGCUGCAGAGAUUACAUGCUGAACGAGCUGCACGACAAUGUGCCCUACCGCAUCUGCCUCCAGCCCCUGGAGGCCGUGUACCAGGGACAGGGACAGGGCCAGGGGUCGGCCCUCGCUGGUGGUGGUGGGGACGACUGUGUGGAGUUCAGCAUCUCCCCCACAGGGAUGCAGGACAUUGUGAUCGCCAUGACGACGGUGGGAGGAGCCAUCUGCGUGAUGCUGGUCAUCAUUUGUCUGCUGGUGGCCUACAUCACCGAGAACAUCAUGAGCCCCACCUCGCACACACACACACACACGCACCUGGCACACACACGGCGCUAGCAUGGCUUCAUAUCACACACACACUCACACACACGCACGUACUGUACGACACAUAUGACGACACAAACAUAUGACAUUUCCACACAUGGUAGUGUGAUAAUUUCACGUUCACACACUCAUCACCAUAACAUCAUUACACAAGCAUACACACACAUGCACACACACGCGCACACACACACACACACAGCAUACAGUAUGACACAGGACGACACAAACAUAUGAAGUCUCC